AUGAUAUCAGCCAGUCCACUGCUGCUACAGAGCACCAGCCUGCUGCAGGAGGUUGUGUAUUUAGUGAGCCAGGGAGCAGAUCCAGAUGAGAUCGGCCUUAUGAACAUUGAUGAACAGCUGCCUGUUUUAGAAUACCCACAACCUGGCCUGGAUAUUAUACAGGAGCUGACUUCUCCUCGUCUGAUCAAAAGCCACCUUCCCUACCGAUUCCUGCCCACAGCCAUGCACAAUGGAGAGGCCAAGGUGAUCUACAUGGCUCGUAACCCUAAGGACCUGGUGGUGUCCUACUACCAGUUCCACUGCUCUCUCAGGACCAUGCGCUACCGUGGAAGCUUCCAGGAGUUCUGUCGUCGCUUCAUGAAUGACAAGUUGGGGUAUGGUUCAUGGUUUGAACAUGUUCAGGAGUUUUGGGAGCAUCGUAUGGACUCCAAUGUCCUCUUCUUGAAAUAUGAAGACAUGUACAAGGAUAUGGGGACGUUGGUGGAGCAGUUAGCUCGAUUCCUGGGUGUUUCCUGCGACAAGUCUCAGUUGGAGGUAAUGGUGGAGAACUGUAACCAGCUCAUUGAGCAGUGCUGCAAAUCUGAGGCACUGUCCGUCUACAGAGGUCGUGUGGGUGUGUGGAAGGACGUCUUCACAGUCUCCAUGAAUGAAAAGUUUGACACGAUGUACAGACAGAAGAUGGACAAAUCUGACCUGACCUUUGACUUCUGUCUGUGAAGAGCUCCUGACUCCGCCCCUCACCUAUUUCCCGCCUCCUGUACUCUCCUCCGACAGUACUUUUGACAGAUUCACACCUCCUGCUAUGCUCCGACACGUCUCCGUCAGUCUGUCCAUGUGUCGUUUGGAUUACAAUACGAGAUUUCCCUCAAAGUGCAAUCUGUUCAUUAAUCCCCACAAAUCACAGCUUGGAGAAGUGACCAAAAUGGAUGCGGAAUAAUCAGGAACUGGAUUAAAAAUUCCCAAUCCAUAGUCAAACCAAACCUCUUAUAGUCCUUGUACAUGUAUGUUUCCACUGCUGUGGAUGUGUAUCUAUAUACAGUAUAUUUGGUAUAUAUUGUAUGUUGUCACCAGGGUUUGACUGAGAAAAAGGUUAAAAAGGCUGAUCCCACAACAUAUCUAUAUCAUAAAUAUUAGGGAUGAGCCAUUGCGAUACCCAGUAUCGGUAUCAGUCCAAGAAAAAUGUUAAAUCCAAUACCGUCAAAACAUUCGAUAUAUUGCAUGCUU